CUUCCGUUUGAGAAGGAGGUCUACUACAUUCAGCAUUCCAUGCUCUACCUGGUGCCUGUAUACCUCUUCAGGAAAGGAGGUACGUGCCAUCUUCUUUUGCACUUAUGGAAUUCUGUACUUUGUUGUCUCCAUUCCAUGGGUGCUUCACUAGAAAUGAAACCAUCUUGAGUUACUCAUCACUGCUACCUUAACUCAACCAAUCAAAACCCUUCUCCCAGUUGUGAGAUUGUUGCACUUAGGCGGAGACCUGGGGAAAACUGAUAAGACUGCCAUCUAGUGUAGAGAUGCCAUUCUUGGAACCGGUUUCAAGUUUUAUUGUCACAUGCACAAGUACAGUGAAAUGCCUUUCUUGCAAGCUAUAAACCCAACAAUGCAGUAAUCAAUAACAAUGUAAUACUAAAAAAUAACACAAGGUAGAACAGAAACACACAAGAAAAGAACAUCAGAAAGUAAGUAAGCAUGCUAUAUACAGGGUCAGUUCCAGUACCAUAAUGUGCAGGGAUACUGGAAUGGUAGGGGUAGAUAUGUAUAUGGGUAAGGUGACUAGGCAUCAGGAUAUGUGAUAAACAGAGCAGCAGCAGUGUAUACGAUGAUUAAAUGUGAGUGUGUGUGUGUGUGUAGAGUCUGUAUAAAUGUAUGUGCAUAUUAUGUGUGUGUGUGUUGGAGUGUCCGUGUGCAGGACCCUGUGAAUGUGCAUAGACAGUGCAAAAUGAAAUACAAGGGUCAACUCAGUCUGUGUAGCAAUUUAGUUAGCCAGUUAGCAGUCUUAUGGCUUGGGGAUAGAAGCUGUUCAGGAGCCUGUUAGUGUCAGACUUGAUAUACUGGUAUUGUUUGCAGUGCGGAAGCAGAGAGAACAGUCUAUGGCUUGGGUGGCUGGAGUCUGGCUGGAGAUUGUCCCGGCCUUCCUUUCACACCGCCUGAUAUAGAGGUCCUGGAUGGCAGGGAGCUCGGUCCUAGUGAUGUACUGGACGUUCUGCACCACCCUCUGUAGCGCCAUGCAAUCUAGGGCGGUGAUAUUGCCACAGCAAGUAGUGAUGCAGCCAAUCAAGAUGCUCUCAAUGGUACAGCUGUAUAACUUUUUGAGGAUUUGAGGGCCCAUGCCAAACCUUUUCAACCUGCCUUCUUCACGACUGUGCGCGUCAGCUCCUUUCUGACAUUGAGGGAGAGGUGUUCAGUCCCAGGAUCCUAAGCUUGGUGACGAGCUUGGAGGGGACAAUGGUGUUGUAGUCAAUGAACAGCAUUCUCACAUUGGUAUUCCUACUUAUCUAGGUGGGUGAGGGCCGUGGAAGUGCAAUUGAGAUUGCGUCGUCUAUCGAUCUGUUGGGGCGGUAUGCAAAUUGGAGUGGGUCUGGGAUGAUGGAGUUGUGUUCCAUAACCAGCCUCUCAAAGCACUUCAUGAUUACAGAUGUGAGUGCUACAGGGUUGUAGUCAUUGUGGCAUGAAGCCUUAGAGUUCUUGGGAACAGGAAUGAUGGUGGUCAUCUUAAAACGUGUGGGGAUUACAGACUGGGACAAGGAGAGGUUGAAAAUUACCAUGAAGAUGCCCGCCAGCUAGCUGUUCUGCGCAUGGCCUCAACACCAGUGUUAACAUUCCAUUUAUUUUUAUUUUUUUAAAGAUGUGAUUAUAAUCCAUGUUUAACAUCAAAACAUAAUAUGAGGAAGAAUUUACCUGACAACAAUUCAGAAGAAAAUAGACUAUGGUGGCCUAUGUUGUUCAAAUUAGCUCCCCAAUUGACAACAAAAGCCUAGACUACAAUUUCAACGAAGAGAAUGGAAUGAGCUCUCAGUCUGUGAUUUACCAUUUCUCUCCAAUACAGUUAAGAAGCAAAACUGCUUAAAAUGUAACCGCUAUGACAGCUUGAAGGAAAAUCGAUAAGAUCACAAACACCCUGGCUCCUAACAAAUUCACACCAAUUUGGAACAACCAAGUCCGUAUCAUACACGUAUAACAUAUCUUUGAACAUAAGGAAGGAUUCAUAUCCCUCAACAAUAGGGGUGAGCUGUCAUAGCAGCUUCACUGUGUACUAGAUGUAUAAAUGAAAAGUUGCUUUCCAAAGAGCUGUGUGGAGGCGAGCUAAACAACAACACUACAACCAAGCCCAUAGUUGUACUUUAGAGGAGUUAACUAUAGGCUAUGACUUAAUGUUGCCUGGUGGUAACAUCUGUAUUUGAUAGGAUACUGCUCUGUCAAUUAUACAGUGGAAUUUGUGAGUCACUCUCUGCCCCGAGUCCCAAAGGCGGGGAGGGGAACUCCAUGCAUUCUGCUCCACUGGCUGAUGUGAAAUGUCUGUGAGACAAAGAGAGCGCUCAAAGUCCUAGCCAAGCUCAUGAUGACUCUGUGAUCAGGAAUCUCUGUGUAUCUGGGUGUCUGUAGUGGCUCUCUGUGCAUUGUGAUGGAAGAGUCCUAUCUAGUCCACUGGGCUUUGGGUUGAGAGCAAGCGAGGGAACAAUGAAUGGAGGGCUUGUUCCCUCAGCUCCCCCUCCCCUCUCCACCCCUCCGCUCCGUUCCAGGCUCUGUGCUGCUGGGCUGUCUCUCUCCGGCCCGGCCUUAAUUGACUCUGUCUCGACUAGAGCACAGGGGUGGAGAAAUGGCCUCAACACAUGGACCUGUUUUAAAUCAAUCCUCUGUUGGAGAGACACCCACAGGCCCAGAGAGAGGAGGAGGGGUACAGGGGGAGUCUAUGGUUGGGAAGGGCCUCAUGAAUGCAAAGGCUGCAUGUGAUUAUUCUUGUGAAACAGCAAACAAGCUAGACACCACCAUCCCUAGUCAGCACUGGUUUUGAACAAAGUGGGAAAGCAAGGUCUCUGGAAGAAAAAGAUCCACAGCCAGCUGCAUUCUUUGAAGGGGGAGUAAGAAACCAAUAGUGAUUAAUCUCCCAGGCAAUAAACUAAAAGCAAUCCAUAACUAGAUUUUCAGCUCUGUGUGUUUUGUAUAAUGUUCAUACAUUGUCUAUUCUCUCCCCCCUGCAGGCGUGUACAAACCGGAGCCCCUAAGGGAUAUGUGGUGGGCUAUCCUCUCUACUGGCAUCUUGUUCCUCUAUCACUUCCUGUUCCUGCAGGGCCUGGGCCUGGUAAGAGACUGAGGGAGCCCUCUACUGGACACCCGGUGAAACACCUCCCCUCUCUCUUAAAGGAGAGGCCAGUAACAUGAGGCACAUGACACAGAUAGACAGGAUGUUGACAAGAUUGUACCCUACAGACAUAGAUCAUAUAUAUUGAUACUAGGGAGGUUAACCAUUAAUCGGUUAGUUAGCUGAAAAUAUAUUUGACUGACCAUGCUUAUCUCUAUAAGUUAAUUUGCAUAAUUUAGUGGAAUUACAUUGGCGCCUGUGUUGUCGUUAGUCGUCAUGUAUCUUAUUUAUCACACGCGCACAGCAUACAGACCUUAGUUUGAGGAGCAGAACAGCCUAUCACCUGUCAGUCAGCGCGAGAGCAGCCCCUCAAAAAGCUGGUACUGAAGUGAAACAUGCAGUCAUUGCACAAGAAAUAACAAUUCUAAAUGCAAUCGCGUGUUAACUAUUAUGAUGACCAUGAUUUAAGAGAGACUAUUUUUAUUUCUCAAUCUCAACUCAACUCUAAUUAAAGUGCGCCUCCAUUCUCCAUUCGAGUGCAUAGGCUAUAGUCAACGGUAGGCAGGCUAUCAGCGCGUCACCCACCACUUUACAAUGGGUGCAUCAGGCAAUAUAAUUGUUUGAAACCUUAACAUUUUACUUUACUUCAAAUAAUGAGGAAUGUCUUACCUUGCGUCAAAGUAGCCUAGCCAAAAUCCAACGAUGGAAAUGUGGAGUCAAUUAUUUUAUAAAGACUUCCUUAUGCCAUUAACCAGCAUUUAUCGCCUGUUCUACUGGUUUUCAUAUCUACUUUCUUUCGUUGUUCAGAAGCAAAAGGCGCAAUCCUAGUCAUAUUAGCAUAUUUCUAAGGGAGAUUUUCAUCUGUCACAUAUGGAGCCGCUCGCAUUAGAUGCGCUGUUUAGAACGGUGUUUCCCGCAAAUUGCAUUUUGGCAGAUGUUUGACAAAGUUUUAUUAGCUGUUUCAUUACAGCCGUUGCAUGUUCAAUAAUAGACUAUAUAGCCUUUUGACUGUAAGACGAUAUGCUUGCUAUUGUUGCAUAUUUUCAUUAACAUGCAAAAAUGGCAAGAUCCGCAUACAGCUGGUGCACCACAAACAGCAGUUACAGUGCUUUGCAAAAGUAUUCAUCCCCCGUGGCGUUUUUCCUAUUUUGUUGCAUUACAACCUGUAAUUUAAAUUGAUUUUUAUUUGGAUUUCAUGUAAUGGACAUACACAAAAUAGUCCAAAUUGGUGAAGUGAAAUGAAAAAAAAAUAACUAGAAAAUUAAUAACGGAAAAGUGGUGGUUGCAUAUGUAUUCACCCCAUUUGCUAUGAAGCUCCUAAAUAAGAUCUGGUGCAACCAAUUACCUUCAGAAGUCACAUAAUUAGUUAAAUAAAGUCCAGCUGUGUGCAAUCUAAGUGUCACAUGAUCUGUUACAUGAUCUCAGUGUACAUAUACACCUGUUCUGAAAGGCCCCAGAGUCUGCAACACCACUAAGCAAGGGGCACCACCAAGCAAGCGGCACCAUGAAGACCAAGGAGCUCUCAAAACAGGUCAGGGACAAAGUUGUGGAGAAGUACAGAUCAGGGUUGGGUUAUAAAAAUAAAAAUAAACUUUGAACAUCCCACGGAGCACCAUUUAAAUCCAUUAUUUAAAAAAUCUAAGAAUAUGGCACCACAACAAACCUGCCAAGAGAGGGCCACCCACCAAAACUCACAGACCAGGCAAGGAGGGCAUUAAUCAGAGAGGCAACAAAGAGACCAAAGAUAACCCUGAAGGUGCUGCAAAGCUCCACAGCGGAGAUUGGAGUAUCUGUCCAUAGGACCACUUUAAGCCGUACACUCCACAGAGCUGGGCUUUACGGAAGAGUGGCCAGAAAAAAAGCCAUUGCUUAAAGAAAGAAAUAAGCAAACACGUUUGGUGUUCGCCAAAAGCCAUGUGCGAGACUCCCCAAACAUAUGGAAGAAGGUACUCUGGUCAGAUGAGACUAAAAUUGAGCUUUUUGGCCAUCAAGGAAAAUGCUAUGUGCUAAAGCAACAAUUGAGUGGUUUAAGGGGAAACAUUUAAAUGUCUUGGAAUGGCCUAGUCAAAGCCCAGACCUCAAUCCAAUUGAGAAUCUGUGGUAUGACUUAAAGAUUGCUGUACACCAGCGGAACCCAUCCACCUUGAAGGAGCUGGAGCAGUUUUGCCUUGAAGAAUGGGCAAAAAUCCCAGUGGCUAGAUGUGCCAAGCUUAUAGAGACAUACCCCAAGAGACUUGCAGCUGUAAUUGCUGCAAAAGGUGGCUCUACAAAGUAUUGACUUUGGGGGGGGUGAAUAGUUAUACACGCUCAAGUUCUGUUUUUUUGUCUUAUUUCUUGUUUGUUUCAUAAUAAAACAUAUUUUGCAUCAUCAAAGUGGUAGGCAUGUUGUGUAAAUCAAAUGAUACAAACCCCCAAAAAAUCCACUUUAAUUCCAGGUUGUAAGGCAACAAAAUAGGAAAAAUGCCAAGGGGGGUGAAUACUUUCGCAAGCCACUGUUAGUCUAUUGAAGGUAAACAGCAGUUAAGUCUAUUGAAGGCAAAACACAAAGCUUAAAGCUCUUAAUGAAAAAUGUCUGUUCCUUGUAUGCAUGCAUAGUAUUUUCUGUUGGUCACGUCAUUUUAAUGUUUGGAAAAAUGUUUACAAACGUUGGCCAGUUAAUGAGGGUUGGUUAGUCGGAAGCAGAAUUGACCGAAAUGUGCAUCCUUAAUUGAUACAGCAUUUCUACAGGACACAGGCAGUAAAGUAAGAUAAAACAGGAUUGCAGGACAGUGAUUCAAAUAAGAUGCAACAUAAUACAGGAUGCUGGAUGGAUACAGAAGCUGGAUAGAGAGCUUGCGUGACGAACUUGAGUAAAGAUACAGUGCCUUCAGAAAGUAUUUACACCCCUUGACUUUUUCCACAUUUUGUUACACAGCCUGAAAUUAAAAUUGAUUAAAUUGAGAUUGUUGUGUCACUGAUCUACACACAAUACCCCAUUAUGUGAAUGUGGAAUUAUGUUUUUAGAAAUGUUGCAUGGACUCUAUGCGCAAUAAUAGUGUUAAACAUAAUUUGUGAAUUACUACCUCAUCUCUGUACCCCACACAUACAAUUAUCUGUAAGGUCCCUCAGUCGAGCAGUUUCAAACACAGAUUCAACCACAAAGACCAGGGAGGGUUCCCAGUGCCUCGCAAAGAAGGGCACCUAUUGGUAGAUGUAUUAUUUUUUUAAGCAGACAUUGAAUAUCCAUUUGAGCAUUGUGAAGUUAUUAAUUACAUUGUGGAUGAUGUAUCAAUACACCCAGUCACUACAAAGAUACAGCCGUCCUUCCUAACUCAGUUGCCAGAGAGGAAGGAAACCGCUCAGGGAUUUUAGCAUGAGGCAAAUGGUGACUGUAAAACACUUAGAGUUUAAUGGCUGUGAUAGGAGAAAACUGAGGAUGGAUCAACAACAUUGUAGUUACUCCACAAUACUAACCUAAAUGACAGAGUGAAAAGAAGAACGCCUGUACAGAAUAACUACAAAGAAUUUGGCUAAGAAAUUAACUAUGUCCUGAAUACAAAGCGUUAUUUUGGGGGCAAAUCCAGCACAUCACUGAGUACCACUUGUCAUAUUUUCAAGCAUGGUGGUGGCUGCACCAUGUUAUGUGUGUGCUUGUCAUCGGCAAGGACUAGGGAGUUUUUUUAUGAUAGAAAAUAAACGGCAUAGAGCUAAGAACAGGCAAAAUCCUAGAAGAAAACCUGGUUCAGUCUGCUUUCCAACAGACACUGGGAGACACAUUCACCUUUCAGCAGGACAAUAACCUAAAACACAAGGCCAAAUAUACACUGAAGUUGCUUACCAAGACGACAUUGAAUGUUCCUGAGUGGCCUAGUUACUGUUUUGACUUAAAUCGGCUUGAACGUCUAUGGCAAGGCUUGAAAAUGGCUGUCUAGCAAUGAUCAACAACCAACUUGACAGAGCUUGAAGAAUUUAAAAAAUAAUAUUGUACAAUCCAGGUGUGCAAAGCUCUUAGACACUUACCCAGAAAGACUCACAGCAGUAAUCGCUGCCAAAGGUGAUUCUAACAUGUAUUGACUUAGGUGUGUGAAUACUUAUGUACAUUUCUAAAACAUUUAGUCAUUAUGGGGUAUUGUGUGUAGAUGGGUUAGAAAUCUAUUUAAUCCAUUUUGAAUUCAGUCUGUAACAACAACAAAGUGUAAUAAGUCGAGGGGUAUGAAUACUUUCUGAAGGCACUGUACAUGACACACUAGCAUGACUAAUGAGUUGUGUGACAGAGCUGACUGCUCUUCUCUCUUAUAGCCUGACUGAAGACACGAAUGAAACAAACACCAAGCAAGGCCUCUGUUUCUCCUAGCUAGUCUCUCACUUCUGUCUCUUUCUGUCCCUCUUCCCAGAUGACCGAGGUCAACCUGAACAACAUGUUGUGUCCAGCGGUGUCGGACCCAUUUUACGGGCCUUGGUACCGGGUUUGGGCUGCGGGUCACCAGACCCUGCUGACCCUGGUUCAUGGGAAGGCCCUGACCCUCUUCUCCUACCACACCGGCCCCACCUGCAGGUACCUGCUGGACACCGCCAGACUGCGCAGCAAGGUCGACUGA